AUGGAUUGGGCCCGUUCCAAGCUUACCUCAGUCUCCUCCUCCUUGAAGACCUUUCGCCGCAGCAAGAGCAAGGAUGCCUCGGCUGAUCAAAAGGAAGACCCACACAUGGUGGCGCCGCACCCCAUUCCCAAGGGAAAGGAGAAUGUGCCCUGCCCCAUCAACGGGAUGUUUCUCAGCAAGGAGGCUGAGGAGGCACGAGAAGAACUUGAGAAGGAUCCUGACAUUCAGGAGGAGCGCAAGGAGGAGAAGCAAGCACUCGUCCCGACCAAGAAGCUCCGGGACUUCAUUCCGAUGCAGGUCAUUCAUGGUGCACAUUGCCCUUCUGAAGCCACCCGGCGCUUGGUGGAAGAAGUUGGCCUCGAGAAGCUCCAACGCUUCACUGAGCAGUUCUAUCAGCGCUGCUUUGUAGACCCUCACAUUGAUCGCUUCAUCGCGGAGCACUCGGAGCCCCACGGCCGGCGCUUCGCCUCCUGGAUCGCCGAGAAGUUGGGCUCUGGCAACCUGUGGACCCAGGAGAGGAGGACUCGGCCCAAGAAGUUCAUGCACUUUGGCGAUGAGACUAUGCAGGUCUCGCAUGACCGCAGCAGCUCCCACUUCGCGGCCUGGUAUUCACCGAAGCCCGGUGGACACCGAAGCCCGGGUCGAGGUGUUCAGAGCGAGGCGAACACGGGCGCCGUGUUCCACCGUUCCACAGGUGUUCCACUCUGUGGAGCCAUUCCCGGGAAGCGCGAGCCCGAAAAGCUGGGGCAACACUUCAAACCUGAGGAGACCGAGACGAGACGCGGCAAACGACGUCGUGGAACGAGAGACGUCGAGACGUCCAGACGUUGGAGACGAGGCAUGUAUGAAGAGCAUCCCGAAUUCAUGGACUACUACCAGCGCUUCAUUGGCCAUUUCAUCAGCAUCUACUCCUCCAAGUCGCCGCCCUUCACACGGGAGUCCGCGCGCUGGUCCGCAGACCCUGCCAACAUCGAACGAUACCAGAAGGCGGGAAACCGCAUGCUGGACGUUCUGGGGAAGGACGUGGACCAGGAGCUGCAAAGACUUCCAGAGGAGGAACGGAGUCUCGGAGCCUUUGGGGUCGAAUUGACCCAUUCGAAAAACCUUCCUGUUCAUAUUCACUCAGUGCGUUGGCAUAUCGAAGUUGCGCGUAAGCAAAACCUGCACGCGCGUAAGGUUGCGUAA